AUGCCACGCUCAGAAGACCCUUCCGACCGCUAUCGGGAGAUUGGGUAUAGCAGAUGCUAUCGAGCAUAUCUGGAGAACGUUGCCGAGAAUUUUGGGGUUGCCAUCACAAAAAGCACACCUCAAGACAAGAUAGUGGCGAUGCUUGAGCGAGUCGAACGACAUCUGCUAAGGUACGACCUUUGCUGCACUCCAGACCUCGAAAAGUUCGUCAAGGCCCGCGAGCUCGAUGUGGUCCUCACAAAGAAUCAGAAGAAGACUGGAUUCAGGCGUACACUCCUAAUCAACGCCCUCCUCCUAGCCGACGAAGACCUGAAGUUCGAGCGCCUCCUAGCACUUCCGCCUGAGCUUCGCAUCGAGAUAUAUGAGUACAGCAUGGCAGACUACCCAGAAGAUCUUGACCAUCCGACCAUGCCACCAUUAGCUCGCACGUGCAGACAGAUCCGCACGGAGGUGCUUCCUGUUUUCUACAGCACGCAGUGCUUCACACUGAAGUACACGUACAACGACUCGACGAAAGGAUACAGAAUGACCUCGUCGUCUGCUAUUUUUCUCAUGGUCAGCGACGCAAAUGACACCAUGAGAUAUUUUCGCCGCUUUCAGCUUCGCCUACGAUAUCUAUCUGUGGGCAUCUCUCUUGGUGGCACCGGUCGUGGUUCUGAUCGAGCAGACAUUGAAUUAUAUAACCAUUUCAAUAAGGCCAGCAGAUGUAAACUACGGGUCGGCCUCAAAGCUCUGCUCGACGAGGUUGGGAAGCGGCAAGAUGGUGGCGUGUUUCGUAUGGCUGAUAUUCAGGCGUUCAAGACCAUGAUCGAAGACACCGUGAGGACGUGGCAAGACUAG